AUGUGUCUGUUCUGGAUAGUCAAAUACCCACUCUGUGGCUGUAUAUGGGAUAGAGCAAUCUCAGCAUGCUUGAAAGGAUCGCACUGCUGGGGUCCAUGGAUGAUAACGCUUGAGUCGCACACAGCGACCUGUGCAGAAUGCUGGGCAAGAGGUGAUAAGAGAGUCGGCGAGGACCAGGCUUACGUUACAGAUUAUAAAGAAUGGGAAAACCCUCACAAGCCCGCAAAUCAACUCUUGGACAUCAGUUCGAACUCAAAUGACGACAGCUCCGAAGAUGAGGACGUCUUUGUUGAAGCCGCGGAGUUCCUCCCUGUUAUAUCUUCGCGACCUCCCACUCCAGUCCUGUAUGGCUUUUCAGAAAACAAUGUUUUCGAUUUGAGCCGAAUUUGUGACUCGGUGAUAGUUCCUUCCGUUCGAUGGAGUUAUCGCGCAAGGCGUCAUCAGACCCGGAAUGAACGGCAUACUAGAUGGGAGGUGGAAUCUGAUACGGAGUCCUUUUGCACAUGUUUGGAGUACAUGGACGAUGAAGAGCAAGAUAGUGAUGACGGAACUGUGUAUGAGCAAGCGCUGGGUGAGGCUUCUUACGGCAAGGCCUUCAUUGCGGAAAUUUCCGAAAAGUCCCCCUUAGAAGCAGAGCCUGACAUUGCGAAUAUCAAGGAGAAGAAUGCCUACUACAGUAUCUUGGGAUAUCAUGUCAGAGAUAAAGCCCCGCUCGAGCGCCUGGAGGAUGAAUCCUUGGAGUUCUACGGCUUCACGAAAGAAUAUUGA